AUGGACGCUGCUCAAGCAAAACGCAAUCGCUUGCCCUUCAAACCUCCCCGACGCCAAUCCGCAGGCACAAAUAACUCAUCAUCCACUAGCAAAACUACAUCCAAGGCGGCUUCUCGCAAAACAUCCUCGACAUCUAUACCUUCAAAAUCAACAACGUCAAAAUCAACAACAUCAAAAGGAAAGGUGGCACAAAGACCGUCCUCAAUAACAAAAGCGACGUCCAGCACAACCUCGAAUUCGCGAAAACGAAAAGCUCAAUCGAUAUCCUCUGUAUCAGAAGACUCCGAAACCGCCUCCAGCAAUGACAAUGGUAACGAAUCCACCCGAAGCAGAAGUAACUCCCCCUUCCAGGAACCGGAUUACAUCCUCGCCGAAAUCAUCACAAACGACCGACCACGCAACAUCGAAUCCGACGAGCCGGGAAUCCCGCCCAAACUUCUAACGACGAUCUUACACCACCAUUUUCAGAAUUCCAAGACGAAAAUAACCAAAGACGCGAAUGAGGUUGUGGCGAAGUAUAUGGAUAUAUUUGUUAGGGAGGCGUUGGCACGAGCUGCGUAUGAGAGAGCGGACGCAGCGAACGGCGAUAGAGGAGGGGGAAGACCUGGUGCUGAUGGGUUUCUAGAGGUGGAGGAUUUGGAGAAGUUAGCGCCACAGAUGUUACUUGACUUUUGA